ACUACUCGAAUAAAACUGACAAAACAGAGAUCCCCUCCACCGGUACUUAAAUUCCCUACGAAUUUCUUUCCGCGUUGGGAAUACUCUAUCGCAGAACCCUCUCCAAUUCCACUAUAAAAUACACCUACGCCUAAAUCCCCCCCUCACAUCACAUUCUCUUCCCAUCGAUCCAUUUCUGUUUUUCAUUUCAAACCAAUCCUCUUCUCUCUGUGUGUGUUUUCUUUGUCUCUGUUGGAAGUUCACUAGGCAAGAAUCAACGAUGGGACAAGCUUUUGGUUGCAUUCAAGUGGAUCAAUCCACUGUGGCUAUCAGAGAAACUUUUGGGAAGUUUGAUGCUGUGCUUGAUCCUGGUUGUCACCUUAUGCCUUGGUGUGUUGGGAAGCAAAUGGCAGGUACCCUUUCAUUACGCGUGCAGCAGCUAGAUGUUCGUUGCGAAACAAAGACAAAGGAUAAUGUUUUUGUCACUGUGGUCGCUUCUAUUCAAUACCGAGCCAUAGCAGACAAGGCCUCUGACGCUUUCUACAAGCUCAGCAAUACCAAAGAGCAAAUCCAAGCUUAUGUCUUUGAUGUUAUCAGGGCAAGUGUGCCAAAGUUGGAGCUAGAUUCAGUCUUUGAGCAGAAGAAUGAUAUAGCAAAAGCUGUGGAGAACGAACUUGAAAAGGCCAUGUCUCAUUAUGGGUUCCAAAUAGUUCAAACUCUCAUUGUGGAUAUUGAACCAGAUGAGCAUGUGAAGAGAGCCAUGAACGAGAUUAAUGCAGCUUCAAGAAUGAGGGUUGCUGCAAAUGAGAAAGCUGAAGCAGAGAAGAUACUGCAGAUUAAGCGAGCGGAGGGAGAUGCAGAGUCCAAGUACCUGGCUGGGCUCGGCAUAGCUCGGCAACGCCAAGCCAUUGUAGACGGUCUGAGGGACAGCGUGCUUGCCUUCUCCUCAAAUGUCCCCGGAACAUCAUCCAAGGAUGUCAUGGACAUGGUUCUGGUUACACAGUACUUUGACACUAUGAAGGAGAUUGGUGCCUCCUCGAAGUCUUCAUCUGUCUUCAUCCCACACGGACCAGGGGCUGUGAGAGACAUUGCUUCUCAAAUCAGGGAUGGUCUCCUUCAGGGCCAAACAAUGGAACGUCAUUAAGUUCUGAACAUGCAAAGUCGGAAUAAGUUUCUGCUUCUGUAUAAAAUGGUUGCUAGUACCUAGAGAGUUUCUACUCUGUGCUUUCAAUUCCCGGAAAAAAAAAAAAAACAAAAUAAAAUAAUAAUAAUAAUUUGGUGUGGUUUGUUUGUUCAUGCAUAUAAUCUACUUGCUUUUUCAUACUGUAAUGAGCUGCUAAGACAUUAUAGAGUAAUUCGUAAUAUAGAGUAUUGUUGUUGCCAC